AUCACUAAUAUAGAAAAAAAAAUAAUCCACUAUAAUUAAAAAAUCAAUUGAUAUUAUUUACCAUCAAUUGUCACUAAAAAAUAUUUAUAAAUAAUUGAUUAAAUUAAUUAAACAAAAAAAUUAUGGAAAAUAAAAAUGAUUUAAUAAAUUGUCUUGAUGAAAAAAUACAAAGUGGAUGGUACAUGAUUGACAAGCUUGAAAAAAUCCAAAUGAAAUGUAAUGGUAUUGACAAAUUAUCAAGAAAAAUAACCCAAGAAAUUAGAUUUUUAGAAAAAGUAAAAUCAUCUGGUGAUGUCAAAAAAGAAUAUCUACUAAGUACAAAUUUAAUUCAUCUUAAUGCAAUGGUAGACAGAUUGCUAACAGCAAAUGAACCAGUUGAUGUUAUGAAGCCAUUUAAAACACCAACAUCAAGACUUCAAGUUGACAUUGUUUGUGAUAAAGGUUCAUCAUGGAUAAAAGUAAUUGCAAGAAAUGCCCAAGCAUUGACAUUGAUAUCACUUGGUAAUAGUGAAUAUGGACAAAAAUCAGUUAUUGAUCAAGCUAAAACAUAUCUUGCUAUUGCCAAAGUUCAUCCACAUCGUUACAAGUCACCAAAUGUUAUAUUUCAUUUUGCAUGUGGUAUUGAAACAAUUUUAGCAAAUGAAUUGGAAAAAAUUGGUGUUUCAGUUGAAGGACAACGAGUUGAUUCUGAUGACACAUCUAGAGCUGAUGAGUCCAGUCGAACAAAUAAUUCAUCAACAAAAGACACAAAAGAAAUCAAAGUUUUAAAUCUGGAUGUAUCAACUUUACUUGCUUUUGUAAGUAACAUGACAAAUGGACAUGCAAAUUAUAUAUUUCCACAGCCAUUGUUAACACUUCAAGCUGAAUGGGAACGAUGUCGUCCAGUUAAACCAAUUCUUGAUAAAUUAUUUGAUAAAAAAAAAUUAAUUGUUUGUCGUACAGCUUAUGAAAAUUUUAAAAAUAUUAUUGACAUUAUUGGUGGAGUGGAUGAAAUUAAAAGAACAAAUGAAUUGAUGAGUAAAGUGGAAAUUGUUGAUGAUGCUGUUGAUGGAAGAAUAUUGGAAUUAGAAUAUCGUGGUAAAAUUAAAAAUAGAUCAAGAUUAGUAUUUGCAACUGGUGAGAGUACAAAAAGUAUAACUGUAUCAGCUAAUGAAGGAUUUGUCAGGGCAGCUAGAAUGCAGGGUAUUGAGUGUACAGUAUUUUUACAUGAACCAAGAUCAUUGUCACAAAAAAAAGAAAAUGAAGCCAAAAAAAUAACAGACUCAUGACUAAUAAUAAUAAAUUUUUUUUAAAUG